CUAUCUCUUCAAUCCUUUUAUUCUUAUUUAUGUCAAAAUAGGAAACCAAACUCCUAUCCUAUUUUCGGUACACAUUGGGAAACAAUACAGCCGGUGCACUCAACACUCAACAUUUAUUUUCUUAUUCUUUUUUCCAACUAGGCAUCUUUUAUUCAUACGGAUUACGGAGUGUAUAAUUAUUUUUUAUUCAUUAAACAAUUUUUCUAAUGAAUAAAUCUAUUUUAUUUUUGUGGCUAUUUUCUUGGAUCGAAGAUGAAUAUGACGUCCUCGGCUAUAUAAAAUUUCCAGAAACGGCAUGGAGCAGGCUGCCUCUGUGUUUAUAAAGACGGAGUAAUUAAGAAAAUAAAAUUUAAAAAGAAAAUGCUGAUGUAAGCACUAUAUUCUACUCCAGAGCGUUUACUUUUGGACCGCCACUCUUAUUAAUGUGGCCGUCAAAUUUCCGCCGGCCAUUUCAAACACACCGUACAUCUCAGUACCCCGGAGAAAGAAUUCAAGAAACGCCAUGGAAACCGAUUCCAACUGGCUUAUUGACUAUGAAAUGAUGGACGAUAUCUCCUCCGCCGUCUCCGCCACCGCUAGCUUCCCGUCGUCGGCCACCAUUGACUUCAGCUGGGUUUCUCAAACCGUCAACUAUUCCUCCACUGCAACAGGGUCAACUGCCUGCCAAUUUGAGGAUACUGAAGUGUGUAAAGAGGCAGGGUCACGAAAACGGUUAAAGUUAGAGACAUGCAUCCCAUCUGGAAGCAAGGCAUGUCGGGAGAAAAUGCGGAGGGACCUAAUUAAUGAGAGGUUCCUAGAAUUGAGUUCCAUCCUUGAGCCUACAAGGCCGCCAAAAACAGACAAGAUUGCCAUACUGAGUGGGGCUGUUCGCGUUGUGACUUCACUACGAACUGAAAUCGAGAAGCUGAAGGAGUCGAAUUUGGAGCUGGUGGAGAAAAUUCAUGAAUUAAAGGCAGAGAAAAUGGAGCUCCGUGAUGAGAAGCAAAAGCUGAAGGAAGAUAAGAUGAAACUGGAGCAGCAAGUUAAUGGCGCCGCCAUGUUUGCAAAGCCUGCAAGCUUCUCUCAUCCAAUCUUAAACUUGGAAGGGCAAGUCGCGGCUGGGAAGAAGAUGAUGCCUGUUGUUGGGUACCCUGGCUUUGCCAUGUGGCAGUUUAUGCAACCCACCAUUGUUGACACUUCCCAGGAUCAUGUGCUCCAUCCUCCAGUUGCAUAAGUCUUUGGAGUCCCGGCCUAUCCAUCUUGCGCUCGAUGGAAUAUAUAUGUUUUAAGUUAUUUUAAAUACUCCGUAUAGUAAUAAUAUCACCAUCUAUUGAGAACAAACUAUUUGAUGGUGUGGUGUUUGUGUGAACGUACUACUUGAUCCCGUGGAUCUGUUUGUCAGGCCUGUGGUUUUUUGUUUUUCUGGCUUUCUGCAGUGAUGAGUUAUGGAUGGAGACUCAUAUCUUUUAUCUUCUGAUUUU